CAGAGCCCCCCAGAGCCCCCGGAGCCCCGGCACGGCCCCGCUGCCGGCCCCGCUCCGCGCCCCCCGCCCCGGCUCCAUCUUGUGCGCGGCCGCCGCGGAGCGGCUCCAGGUGACACUCCCACCAGAAGGACCCCCUGGGGCAGGGACCCAUCUGUGGGUGACACCGGAGCCCGGCCAGGCAUUUUGGGGUGCGGGGAGGAGGCACCCCCGGGAUUCCUGACCCCUCCACAGCCCCCCCAUCACCGCAGACCCUGCCGUGCCAAGAUGGUGCCGGACGCCUGAGCCGCCCCCCCGGCGGGGACCAGCCAUGGAGACCGUCGUCAUCGUGGCCAUCGGGGUGCUGGCCACCAUCUUCCUGGCGUCCUUCGUGGCGCUGGUGGUGGUCUGCCGGCAGCGGUACUGCCACCCCAAAGACCUGCGGCACCACUACGACACCAAACCCAUCGUGGACCUGAUGGGGACCAGCGAGACGCCAUCGGAGCCCUCGGAGCUGGAGCUGGAUGACGUGGUCAUCACCAACCCCCACAUCGAGGCCAUCCUGGAGAACGAGGACUGGGUCGAGGACGCCUCGGGUCUGGUGUCCCACUGCAUCGCCAUCCUGAAGAUCUGCCACACGCUGACAGAGAAGCUGGUGGCCAUGACCAUGGGCUCGGGCGCCCGCGUGAAGUCCCCCGCCAGCCUGGGUGACAUCAUCGUGGUGGCCAAACGCAUCAGCCCCAGGGUGGACGACGUGGUGAGAUCCAUGUACCCGCCGCUGGACCCCAAACUGCUGGACGCGAGGGCGGCGGCGCUGCUGCUCUCGGUCAGUCACCUGGUGCUGGUGACCCGCAGCGCCUGCCGCCAGCCCGCGGCCCGCCACUGGGUCGAGCGGUCGCUGGCGGCCGCCGAGGAGCACAUGGCCGUGCUGCGCCAGGCCGCCAUGGCCACCGAGACCGACCGGCCACCGGCCACCGAGGCCUUCCGGCAGGAGCAGUCAGCCAUCUGAGCCCCCCCACACCCCCAGCCCAGCGCCCCUCGUUGGCAAUAAACCCCUGGGAUUGGGGGGGGGGGGCGGUGUGUCCCCCCCCGCCUUGUUGUGGGGGUCUCUGGGU